AUGAAUACAAAUGAUGACUUUGACAUUUCUGAUCUUUCACUAGAAGCUCCACAAAAUGUUGCUGAUGUAGAUGAUGACUCCGAUGACUCAACAGACUCAACGAGUAGCGGUAGGAGCUUGAAGAAAUUCUAUAGCAGAGGCCAUGGAGGUCGGAGUCUCACCGGAGGAGAAGAAAAGGAGUUGGAUGGAAAAACGAGAAUCAUCAGGAAGCUAGCAAUUAAGACCAUAAAGAAUGAAGAUGUCGGCACCAUUGAUUGCGUUGAAUUUGAUAAGCAACCAACUUUCGUGGAUCCUUUAUCGAAUAAUAAUUCCAUCCAGGCAACACAUAUUUCGCAUUCUAAUGAUGGAAGGAUUCCAGUUCAUACAAUGUCCAAAAUCGCGCUUGAGAGUGCUGCGUGCCCAUCGGGAACAGUCCCUAUCAGGAGAACUACAGCUGAAAAUUCUUUCAGGUUAAAAUCGUCAACAGAGUCUGGAUCAGGACAGAUAACCAUAGCUAAUCCUCUAAAUUCUGCUGGUCCUCCUGGAGUUCAUUAUGCAGCAUUAGUAUCUGACAAAGGCAGUUACCGUGGAGCUAACGCAGUGCUUGAAGUACACGCUAUUUCAGGAGUUGGACUAGAUCAAUAUAGUGGCACUAUAAUUAUGAUGUUUAGCGGGUUUGGAGGUCCGCCGGAGAAUUUCAAUGUCAUAUCGGCUGGGUGGCUUGUACAUCCAAAACUCUACGGAGACAACCUUCCUCGAUUAACCAUAUUCUGGACAACGGAUGGUUAUCAGCACACUAACUGCUUCAAUCUCCAGUGCCCGGGUUUUGUUCAGAAGAGCUCUAAUUAUAGUCCUGGAAUGAGCCUGGGCGAAGGCCUUUUUCCAUUGUUUAUAUUCAAGGAUAAACAAACCGGAGACUGGUGUCUCUCAACAUCAGACGGUAAAACCGAAGAACUAAUUGGGUGGUGGCCGAGCUCGAUCUUCACCAGUCUGGCCGAAGAAGCGGAAUUCAUCGAAUGGGGUGGAACAGUAAUGUCCGCUUUGGACCAGAAGAGUCCUCCGAUGGGCAACGGGCGAUUCCCACUGUACGGUGCACGUGUUUCUCUGAUCAGUACCCUCGACGAAAACAACAACGCUCAAGAUCCUAAAGGAAGGCUUGUCGCAGAUAGAUCUGAAUGCUACAACGCUGCUUGGUUUGGUAACAGGCCUGCGUACGGGUGGUCGUUUUACUACGGAGGCCCCGGGGGAUGCCUCGGUUAGCAAUUUUAUUUGUUCUUGGUUAGUAAUUUUACGUAUCUCGUUAAUGACUUUGGUUUCUGAAUAAAAUUAUCUUGAGAGGG